CCCCGGCCCCCCCUUCGCCCCCCACGGACCGAAGCAUCCAAUAUCAGUCGACUCUGUUUCAGGUUUCUCUGCGCAAGAGAAAAGCAUUGCAACAUAUACACACAAGCACACACACAUAUAUAUAUACACACACACACAUACACACAAUGGAAGGUGUGAUAUCCCUACGAGUAUCAUCAUCCCCUGCAAUAAUUUCAAAACACAGCUCUUCUUCUCAGCGAUCCCUCAGUCUGAUACUCCCCAAAUCGACAUUUUUCAGAACUUCGCCGCUGACCCACAUGCCGAAUCAAUUUUCAGUCUUCUCCGUUAAAUCUCAACAGUACGAAUUGAAAGAUGGACCGGCCACAUUUUCAGACACUAGAAUUUCAGACAGAGAUGCACUCAAAGUUAAAGACUGGGAAAUCGGGAUGUUGCAAGAAGAAGUUGCAGCGAGCCAAGGUAUAAAAAUCAGGCGGCGACCUCCAACUGGGCCGCCUCUUAACUACGUGGGCCCGUUUGAAUUUCACUUGCAAAAUGACGGAAACGCCCCACGCGAUAUUCUUGAAGAAAUUAUAUGGUACAAGGAUGUUGAAGUCUCUCAGAGGAAAGAGAGAAAACCGCUACCCGUGUUGAAAGAUUUGCUCGAUUAUGCUCCACCUGUUAGAGAUUUUGUUGGAGCUCUUAAGAGUGCGAAUUCACGGACUGGAUUUCCCGGUUUAAUUGCUGAAGUGAAAAAGGCUUCUCCGAGUAGAGGGGUUUUAAGGGAAGAUUUUGAUCCCGUUAAGAUUGCCAAAGCUUAUGAGAAAGGUGGAGCAGCGUGCCUUAGCGUUUUGACCGAUGAGAAGUAUUUUCAGGGAAGCUUCGAGAAUUUGGAGGCAAUAAGAAGUUCGGGUGUGCAGUGCCCUCUCUUGUGUAAAGAAUUUGUAGUAGAUGCUUGGCAAAUCUACUAUGCCCGAGCCAAAGGUGCAGACGCAGUUCUAUUAAUUGCUGCCGUUUUACCUGAUUUUGAAAUCAACUACUUGAUUAAGAUUUGCAAAUCGCUCGGUUUAGCAGCACUGGUUGAGGUACACGAUGAGAGAGAGAUGGAUCGUGUAUUAGAAAUCGAGGGAAUUGAACUAGUUGGAAUCAACAAUCGUGAUCUUGGAACAUUUAAGGUUGAUAUUGGCAAUACGAGAAAGCUACUUGAAGGUGAGCGUGGGAAAAGGAUACACGAGAAAGGCAUUAUUGUGGUCGGGGAGUCUGGACUUUUUACUCCUGCCGAUAUUGCAUAUGUGCAAGAAGCUGGUGUUAAAGCGGUGCUGGUGGGCGAGUCAAUUGUUAAACAGAAAGACCCAACAUUUGGAAUAACCGAACUCUUUGGUAAAGAUAUUUCUUCAUGAUUUUCUCCGAUAACCAAUUUUUUUUUUAUAGCUUUUUCGACUAUGAGUUGAGAGUUUCUUUAGUUAAAACGGAGUUUUUGGAUGUAGAAUGUGUUCCGAUAAGUUGCUCAUUUCUUGAAUUGUACUGAAUAAAUCUAUUUAAGUAGAUGCUACACCUGGUGAAAUACACCGGGUUAUUUUAAA